AUGAGCGUGGAUACGUCGACGCGCCUUCUUCAACUUGAUGGUCUACUAGAGUCGAAAAAUCGCACAAUUCGACAUGAAGCAGCGUUGGCUUUCGGGAAAUUCUCAAUAUUCGAUGAAAACGUUCAAAAAAUUUUUAAUAAGCACUUGACAUCACAAUCCUGGGACGCGCGAGUUGCUGCUGGAAAAGCGCUGCACAGUAUUCUCGAGAAUAUGAAAAAUGGAAUGGAGCCGGCGAAACUUGAACCAACGGAAAUGUUUGAAGAGUUGAAGAAGCUUGAUGUACAGCAUGUUCUGAACACCUUUAAGCCAUUGCUUGGCGACUCUGAAAUUCAAGAAGCGAAUAAUGAGCCGUCCAGGAAUAAUAAUAAAAAGCAACGCGAGCUUCUUGAUCAACAUUUAGAAUAUAAUCAUCUCACCGGUAUCACAUCAAAAAAGUUUCUUAGCGAUGAUGAGCUCAUGGAAACGUGCUCGAGCAGCAAAUCAGUGGAGAAUACCGAUAGUCAGGAAUUAUCGAAAAUUGUGAAGAAGAUCGAUAUCGAGGAAGGCGCCGGCCAAUCGGAGGAGUUUGACGAGACCGAACGGAAGAAGAAGCUUUGGAGAAUCUUAAGAGGCUUCAUCGAUCAGGUGACCGAUCAGCGAUGGCAUGCGCGGCACGGAAGCGCGAUUGCCGUCUGCCAAAUCGCGACGUGCGCGUUCACGCAGCUAUCAAGUGAUCUGAUUGAUUCUUGUCUUUAUUUAUACCUUCAUGUACUCAUUCUUGACAAGUUCAAUGACUUCAUCUCAGGGAGGAACGCAACGGCACCGGUUCGCGAGCAAUGCGCUCAAGCUUUAGUGCACCUGAUGAGGAAUAUCGACGUUUCGCGGAAGGAUGUCGUCCUUCAGAUAAUGGUCCAAAUGAUGAACACACCCGGCGAGCAGAAUUGGAACGUUCGCCAAAGUGGGCUUCUCGUGAUGAAAUAUUAUUUCGCGAUUGCAAAAUCCGACGGCGAACGUGCGACAUUUGACAAGUGCUUUGAAUUGGUUAUUCAAUCGCUAAACGACACCGUCGACGAUGUGACGGGUUGCGCUGUCAAAACGCUUUCCUCGAUUUUAUCCAACGAAUAUGUCUCGAAAGAAGACGCUUCGAAAUUAGUUAGCCGCGUCAUGUAUCACGUUUGGAGGCUUCUGCUCAUCGAGUCAACAAAAGAGCAAUUGCGAGCUGGUCUCGAUGCUCUUUGCAUCGAUCUCAUUGAAAUUGUCGAGUUGUGGCUUAAUUGGAACGCCGAGUCGAGUAUUACAAGGGAGAAUCUCCUUGUGAUCUGCUCGAUGCUUGAUGUCAGUUUUCCGCAGCGUUGCGAGAAGAUCAUCCGAUUACUUGAUCUCGACCUCUCGCGUGGCGACUCGGGGAAACUUCAAGCGCAAGACGUGUUCUCGAUUGUCAAACAGCUCUAUCGCAUCUUAUUAUUCUCACCGCCUGCCGAUUCAUUGGCAUUUGUCGAAAUGACAUUUUUAACAUUUCAGAAGCUUUAUAAGGCUUAUGAACCUCAAUUAAUUGCCGCCGGCGAGAUAUGUAAAACGAUCGGCGUUUGGACGGGUUGUUUGCUUUUUGACCAUCGAAGUCCCAUGAUUGACGUGUUCGAAUAUUGCGUCGACGGAAUAUCGAGCGUCAAAGAAUCGCCGUGUGAACGAAUGUGCUCCGAGGAGAUGCGAUUCCUCUCAGAAAAGGAGAAGGAUCGAACCUACCUGGUUCGAAAGAUCUUGUGCGCGAAAUUUUUGGCGAUCAUACUUGAAUCAUUGUUCGAAUCUGAUGCUGACAUGAAUGGCCAAAAAGUAAGCACUGCAAUUCAAUUAGUCUUCAUACCAUACUUUCAAUCGACUAGCAUCAUGCAUAAUCUCGGCGCUGCCGUUGUCGUCAAUGAAUGGUCGGCGCUCUAUCGAGCAACGAUCAAUACGAAAAAUGCCGGAUUGGAGCCGCCAAUGACGAUUGUGCAACUUGCGGAUAACGUGCUGAAAGGUGUGUUCGGUUCGGCGAAACAUUACGACGAGAUGUCGAACACGGUGAACAUGCUGACGAAAGAUUGCAAUGAUUUCAUUGAAUAUUGCGCGAUUCGCGGAUUCGAUCGCUCGAAAAUUGAUGUGAUGGCGGCGGAUUCGAUCGAGGAGAUCAGCCGAAUCGCCUACACGACGUCGCGCGAGUUUCUGAAGACGGAAAAGCAGAAGGAAUCGCUCGAUGGUCGUUAUGGGAUUCUGACGAGGACGAUUGAAAGCGUCAAAAUUGCUGUUCGCACGAAUGCCAAUCGUAUAAGCGCAUUAUUAGCAUCGGCGUUGUUUUAUUUUGGAAAUGCUCCGGAAAAGCUCACCCCGCAGAUUCGACCACUCGUUGAAACAAUGCAGAUGGAGGAGAACGACGCGAUCGCGGCGGAGAUAUUUCGCGGCUCGGUGCCGCUUCUCGUCAUGUACAGUUGGCCGAGAAACCCGCGGCCCUACGUGAAGGUGCUCGCGAAAGCGAUCGAGGCGUUCGCGAGUUGCUCCCAUCGGAUACCGAAGCCGAACACGAUCGCCAAUCGCUAUUGCGUCGUGAGCCUUCAACGAUUGACGGGAAACGAUGUCGACGAUGAUGAGAGCGGCGAGGCGUCGUCGGACGCGUCGACGCCGCGAAUUGCGCCGAGCAGUCGCAACGCCGAGCUCAUUUUAUUGAUACUUUGCCAAUUUUCAACUGUUCAACUACCCGAAUUUUAUGCGAAUUUCGAUCUGAAUGAGAAUGUCGAUGAAUUGGUUCUUCUACAUCGCCUCGAACUUCAUGAAUGCCUUUGGAGUCGCGUCGGCUCGCGGCUAUCCGACGAAUCGACGAACAAAAUAUUUGAGCUGUUGGCUUCGCACGAUCCGGCGCUUCGAUUUGCCGCCGCCAAAGCGAUUGAGACGUUCACGAAGUCGCAGUGCGGCGAUACGAUAUCGCGAGUUUAUGAGCGUCUGACGACGAUGGCGUCAAAUUUGUUGAACGACUUCGAGCGUCUCGGCGCCGUCGAGGCCUACUUGCGAUUGUCGUGCAUGGACGCGGCGUUUCUCAAUGGUCUCGCGACGCUUCUGUGCCCGAUCGUGUUUCGUUUGCUCACCGAUAAAUGCGAGAUUGUUCGCGAUGCGGCCGGCGAGGCGUUUCGCCGAUUGGUGCCAUUGGUGACGGUCGAGGAUCCGAAUUUCGUGAUACCCGAUUUGUGCGAUGCGCUGAAACGCCGAAAACUCGAGAACACGAACUUCAUUCAUGUGUUGAGCUCGCCGAGCGCACUGCCGCGAAUUGAAGUGGCCCAGAUAAAAGGUGGUCUCGAUGGCAAAAUGCUCAGAGAGUACCAGCUCGAGGGCAUCACGUGGAUGAGGUUCCUUCGUCAUUAUGGGCUCAAUGGGAUUCUUGCGGAUGACAUGGGAUUGGGCAAAACGCUUCAAACGAUGUGCGCGAUCGCAAUGUCGCUGGAUUACGACAAUCUUGAUAAAAAAUCGAAGUGCUCGCUGAUUGUGUGCCCACGAACGCUGGUCGAUCAUUGGUGUCUCGAAUGGAAACGAUAUUUUCCGAAUCGUACGCCGGCGCAGAAGCAUGUUGGUAAGAGUAUUGCGGCGGAUGUUUGUGUGGUGGCCUAUGAAGACCUCAAAUCGAAUCAACUUAUACAAAAGCGCGUUUGGAACUAUGUGGUUCUCGACGAAGGCCACAUAAUGAGGAACACGAAAACGCAGAUCUGGCGAAGUGCGAAUUCGUUGUUGUGCAAAAGUCGUUUGAUAUUGUCGGGAACGCCGAUUCAGAACUCACCCGCCGACCUUUGGGCGCUAUUCUCGUGGCUAAUGCCCGGCUAUUUGGGCACCGAGAAGCAGUUUCGUGCGCAAUUUUUGCGAAAAAUUUUAAAGUGCCGAAACGCGAAAGCGACCGAGGCCGAUCUGAAAGCGGGCUCGAGCGCACUAUCGCAAUUGCACCGCCUCAUUUUGCCGUUCGUUUUGCGACGAAUGAAGGGAGAUGUUCUCAAAGAGCUUCCCGACAAGAAUGUGCAGGAUUACGAGUGUGAGCUAAGCGAUGAUCAGAAGGACAUCUAUCGAUUCGUUGUCGAUUGUUGCACGUCGAACUCGGAUGACAUCGCGUCGGGACGCGGCAUCUCGGCGCUUCACACGCUCAUCACACUUCGAAAACUCGUCGAUCAUCCGAUAUUGAGCUACGAAACGUUGUGUCAACUGAACGCCCCUCAAGACAUUCUUGAGAAGGGCCAGAAUGCGCGAUCGGGCAAAUUGGAGGGGCUCGGUCAGCUUCUCGUCGAGUGCGGAAUUUGUCGGCAACAACAAGACGGCGACGAGACGGAUGAGAUCGCGAUCGCUUCGGACGCGUCGGUUUCGCAUCGCGCGUUGAUCUUUUGCCAAUGGAAAUCGUCGGCGAAAUUGGUAUCGCAGAAAUUGAGCAGCGGAGAAUUCGGCUCGAAAGUGUCGCAUUUGGUGCUCGAUGGCGAUGUGGCGGCGGCGGAUCGAAUGCGAUUGGUGAAUCGGUUCAAUGAAGACAAAACGAUCGAUGUUCUGGUGCUCACCACUCACAUUGGCGGCGUUGGUUUGAAUUUGACUGGAGCCGACACGGUGAUUUUCCUCGACCACGAUUGGAAUCCGAUGAAGGAUCUGCAGGCGAUUGAUAGGGCUCAUCGUCUUGGACAAACUAGGAAGGUUAAUGUGUAUCGAUUGAUCACCCAGGGGACCAUUGAAGAAAAGGUGAUGAGUUUGGCCAAGUUCAAAUUGAAUACGGCGCAGGCGUUAAUUAGCGAUGAUAAUACGUCGUUGCAAUCGAUGCAGACGACGGAAUUGAUGGAAAUGUUCACUCUUGACGGCGAUGAGAAGAAGGCGGCGGAGCCGGCGAGGAAGCGGAAGAAAAUGAGCUCGGGAGCUUCGCAAGCCGCUAGCGGCGGCGGCGGCGGAUUGCCGGCGCAUGAAUGGAAUCUUGCCGAAAUGUGGGAUGAAAGUCAAUAUGACGAUUUUCAAGUGUCCAAAUUCCUUAAAUCGGCAUAA